GCCCUAGCAAGUCCUGACGCGCCCCGCCUUUCCCCGCGUUGCACUCUCGGUCCAGCUGUGCGCGCACUUCGGCGGUCCCAGCCAUGUCUGCCGAGAGAGAGGUAGCCGAGGCGGCCACUGUGGUGGCGACAACUGAAGCAGGGGCUGGAGAAGAUGCCUCUUCGCAGCUCCCGAAGGCGGAGACAGCCGGCGACUCCCAGCCACCGGCGGUCUCCGAGGGAGCCGAUUCACCGCCGCUGCCACCGCUGCGCUGCCUGGUACUCACUGGCUUCGGCGGCUACGACAAGGUGAAGCUGCAGAGCCGGCCGGCCGCACCCCCGGCCCCCGGGCCGGGCCAGCUGACGCUUCGCGUCAAGGCCUGCGGGCUCAACUUUGCUGACCUUAUGGCCCGGCAGGGGCUGUACGACCGGCUGCCGCCUCUGCCCAUUACUCCGGGCAUGGAGGGCGCGGGUGUGGUGAUCGCCGUGGGCGAGGGAGUCGAAGACCGCAAGGUAGGGGACCGGGUGAUGGUGUUGAUCCGGUCAGGCAUGUGGCAGGAGGAAGUGACUGUGCCUUCAGCCCAUACCUUUCUGAUGCCUGAGGCUAUGACCUUUGAAGAAGCUGCUGCCUUGCUGGUCAAUUAUAUCACAGCCUACAUGGUCCUCUUUGACUUUGGCAACCUACGGCCUGGCCACAGCGUCUUGGUACACAUGGCUGCAGGGGGUGUGGGGAUGGCUGCCCUGCAGCUGUGCCGUACAGUGGAGAAUGUGACGGUGUUUGGAACGGCCUCAGCCAGCAAGCAUGAGGUGCUAAAGGAGAACGGAGUCACACACCCCAUCGACUACCACACGACUGACUACGUAGAGGAGAUCAAGAAGAUCUCCCCCAAAGGAGUGGACAUCGUCAUGGACCCUCUGGGUGGGUCAGAUACUGCCAAGGGCUACAACCUCCUCAAGCCCAUGGGCAAAGUGAUCAUUUAUGGAAUGGCCAACUUGCUGACGGGUCCCAAGCGGAACCUGAUGGCCCUGGCGCGCACGUGGUGGAAUCAGUUCAGCGUGUCGGCUCUGCAGCUGCUGCCGGCCAACCGAGCUGUGUGCGGCUUCCACCUGGGCUACCUGGAUGGCGAGGUGGAGCUGGUCAGUGGUGUGGUGGCCCGCCUCGUGGCUCUGUACAACCAGGGCCACAUCAAACCCCGUAUCGACUCCGUGUGGCCCUUUGAGAAGGUGGCGGAUGCCAUGAGGCAGAUGCAGGAGAAGAAGAACAUAGGCAAAGUCCUCCUAGUGCCUGGACCGGAGAAGGAGAACUAGGCUGGGGGCUGGGAGACCCCUGGGGCCCAGGAAGAGAGAAGCUGGGAAGCCAUGUGCUGUUGGCCACCAGAUCCUCGCGGUUCAUCCUCCAUCACAAUGCGCUGCCCUCUCUUCCCCAAAGGUCUCCGUGGUGAUGACAGCCCCCCAACCCCCAACCUGUUCUCUCUCUUUAGUCAGGGCCUCCCCCUCCCCCCUUCCUGCCCUCCAAAGGGGUUGGGAAGUGACCACUUGGAUGUCUGGGCCCUUCCAAGGGGACAGGGAGGGUCAGAGGGAGGCUGGCCGCUUCCUGCUCCCACCCUUUCCCCCCGGGCCUGCUGUGCUGCUUUUGUGCCAAGGUUAGCCAAUCCCUUCCCGUCCAGUUCCGGUGUGCUUCCGUCUCCGCCUCAUCUCCCCUCCUGCCCCUGCCCCACACCUCCCCAAAGAAUCGAAAUGUCAGCUCAGGAUAUGGGGCCAGUCUGUGUGAAUCCAGCAUGUCCCUCUGUCGCCCCUAGUGUCCCUUCGACUUGGGCCAGCCAGCGCCCACCUUGUCCCAUGGCCUCGUCCUCGUGUCUCCAACUUCUUGAGCACAAUCGGGCUUCUCCCACCUCCAGAGGUCCUGCCGCUCUCAACCAGGGGUACCUCUUCCAGCAGGGGUGGAAGUCAGCUCUGCACCCCUAGGUCACCGCUCUGUGGGAGGGACAUGGAGCCCCCUCACCUUUCACUGAGUUCUCUGGAUUUGUUCUCAGUGCCUUAGCAGUGGAAACCUUGCUAGGGUAUGUGGGGCUCCCUGUCUCACACCCCCGUCCCCCCGUCCUCCCCAGUGCCUUCCUUGUUCUGCUGGAGCUGGGGUUUUGCUGCUCCCCAGUCCCACGACACUGCCAAAAAUCUGCGUGUGUGCCGGUGGGCCCAUGCCAUGUCCUGUCUCUGGGGCUGUCGUUUCUCUGUGGUGGUUGAGGAGAAAGAGGCGGGGAAGCUUUCUCAGCCUUGCAGCUAAGUGUGGCAUUUACCAGCCAGAGCUCUGAGAGGCAAUGCCAUCUGUCUCUUAUUCUGGGACCAAAGUAAAAAUCAAAGCACAUUCCCCAUGUAGUCAAGGGAGGCCCACUGCCUUCUCAGAGCAGGGAGGCAGCUUUUCAAACUCAGCCCCAAACUUUGUUUACAUGGGUGGGGAGAUGGAACAGGGGAUCAAAACAGGGGUUUAGGACCUGGGCCACUGGAACCAAAGUGGAGACUUCCUGGGGGUAGGGGCCUGAGUCCCUGGAAUUAGGGAGGGUUAUUGCCCGAGCCAUUGCCAAUGGGAGGGAGGGGAGGGGCCCCGCCCGUCAUCGUCUGAAUGAGGCCUAAACGUGUGAAGUUCGAGUUUCGGCUUUUGUGUACCCACCCCCAUUACCGAAGCUGCCUUUGUGUUUGUGUCAAUAAAAAGCCAAACCCUC